AUGGGUGAAUCUCUCUCCAAGUUUCAUUCUUCCUCUCGAGAUGAAGUGUACAACUUGAAACAUUCUUCAUCCUCGUUAGAUGUGGUGACGUCGUCGCAUCAGAUGCCUAUGAAUCACGUGAUGCUAGCACGUCCAUCUUCUCCUCCUUCUCAUCAUCAGGAUCAACCACAACGUAAGGGAUCAUCCAACAACGGAUCCUCUUCUUCUUCCUUCUCAUCCUUUACUUCUGGAGAGACCAAUGUGGAAGUUGGAACAAAUUGCUCUCCUCGCCGUCGAAGUAACAGUGCGAAUAGUAACAAUAGUAUGAACAGUAACAAUAGCAUGAACAGUAAUAAUAGUAUGAAUAGUGGCAGUAAUAAUAGUAGUAACAGUGGUGGCGGCGGUCGAAAAAAGUUCUUUUCCUCUUCUUCCAAUUCUUCUCCAUCUUCCAAGAAUGCAUGGUCUUCCUUCUCUUCUUCCUCGAUGACCUCCUCUCAAGAAACCAUUCUCUUUGUAGGAUGUAAAGAAUUGACCUCAAAAUUUUUCACACAUUACAAGAAGAAUAUUCUCACAAGAACUUCCUCAGCCAUGGCACAAAAGAUUUCUGUUCAUUCCAAAAACAAACAACAACAUCCAUUGGCUACGUUGGGAAAUGAUGUAUUACAAUGUUGUGUGGUCUAUCAACAUUUGAAACUCAAGCUCAAAUUGGUAAAUGUUGAAAUGGAGGAUGAGAAUCAGGUUGAUGAUGUGGCCACUCGUUGUGUUAGUGUGUUGAAUUCUUAUCAACAACUACAACCAGCGUGUCAUGGAUUCAUGAACUCCACCACCACUACUUGUCGAUUGCAAAAUUAUGUGAAUCUUCAUCCAAGUUUUGUUGUGUUAUGUUUGCCCAAUGAAUACUUUCAAGAUUAUUGUGAAGAUGUGAAAUCAACGAUUCGUCAAUAUCAUGCAUCGGUGCAGUAUUUGAGUCAAUUAAUGUGUGAAUUGUCGAUUUUUGGGAAUAUUCCAGUAUUGUGUGUGGCCCAGAAUUCACACACCAAUUUUUCCUUUGUCGUUAAAUAUAUCAUUUCUGCAUUUGGUAAUUAUCGAGGUUUUGAACAAAUCCAAAAGGACAAUCCUCAACAUUAUAUUGAUGUGAUUGAGAAAGUAAUUCCAAAUAUACUUUUGAGCGUUCGUUCAGAAAAGGGAAGUGAUAAAAUUACCUUCGAUUCCAUUAAGCCCUAUAUUAAGCAAUCGAAUACACAAAUUGAUGGAAUCACCUUACGAUUCUUAGAACCUUUCAAUCUCACCAAUGAUCUUGAUUUUUGGCAUUCUCUGAGACAAAAUAAUCACAUCAAAUUCAUUGAUUUCAACACUCAUUGGCCAUGUUUUAGAAAUUCUCAUCAGGAAUGCAAUCACGUGAUUGAUUACUUUAAAGAAGAUCAAUACCAUUACCAACUCUUUGUACUAUUCAAUCAUCCUACUCUGAGAAAUGUUUACAUUCAUUGGUCUCAAACUGAGAAAAUUGCUGCCUGUAUGCCACGAGACUCAACUUCACAAUGUGAUUUCAAUCCAAAAUUCGAUCUUCACUACUUUAAAUAUUUCCUUAAUGGUUUCGUUCAAUUCCGUUCUUUGGUUAAGAAUUUUGCCAUUUACAUCAAAUUGCAAGAAAUUGACUUUAAGCAACUCAAACUCAUUAUUGAAUGGAUUUUCAAGUAUGUGAAAAGUGGAAUGUUCUCCUCAAAAGCAACACUCACUCUUGAAAUUGGAAACAUUCUAUCCUCUUCAAAACAACCACUCUCCAAUCUAACAUUGAAAUUAUACUUUUACAAAGUAUUCCAAUUGAUGAGAUCCAUGAAACAUCGAAUCAAUUUUGAUUAUGCUGAAGGAAAGAAAGUAUUCCAUCAUUGGAUCGAGCAUCGAGAAUUGUAUCCAUCAAGCAUGCAUGAUAUUGUGCAAUUUUUCAAUUACAUUUCUCUGAAUGGUUAUUCACAUCAAUUGUGUAGUCUCAUGGUCUCCACUCUCAUGGGUUAUGAUGAAAAUGAAAAUCUUCUCCAUAGCAAGACUGUCCAAAAGUAUAAUCUUGAAAAAGUUCAAACCAUGUUUCAAGAAAUGGUUGCUCGAAAGAAAAAGGAUUUGGAACGAAUGUUCAAAAAAGCUCUUCACAGACUAUUGUGGGAAUCCUUCGAAGGAGUUGAAUCUGAAUCCAGAAUGAUAUUAAGUGAUAUUAAUUGUGUGACAUUACAUUGA